CCCAUGAGGUGAUUCACAGAGAGACCUCAGACUUCAUGGCCCUCUUGCUCUGCCCCUGAGUAGAUCCCUCAGGCAGGGCUGCCGGCUCCUUGGGUUCUGCCGCAUGUGAUGAAAGUGUCCGCUCUCAGGGAAGGCACAGCCAUGGCUUCCCCACCGGCCCGGGAGAUGGAGGAGGAGCUGGUAUCUGCUGGCUCGGAGCCAGGCGAUCCUCGGGCUAAACCUCCUGUCAAGCCCAAACCCCGGGCCCUGCCUGCUAAGCCAGCCCUGCCUGCCAAGCCUAGCCUGCUGGUGCCUGUUGGGCCUCGGCCUCCCCGGGGUCCGCUGGCUGAGCUGCCAUCUGCCCGGAAGAUGAACAUGCUGGCAGGACCCCAGCCCUAUGGUGGCAGCAAGCGUCCCCUUCCCUUUGCACCAAGGCCUACAACCGAGGCCUCUACUGGAGGAGAAGCCACUCGGGAGACUGGAGAAGAGGAGACUGCGAAAGAAGAGGUGCCCCCUUUGACACCCCCAGCCCGAUGUGCUGCCCCAGGAGGUGUGCGGAAGGCCCCUGCCCCCUUCCGUCCAGCCUCGGAGCGCUUUGCAGCCACCACAGUGGAAGAGAUCCUGGCCAAGAUGGAACAGCCUCGGAAGGAGGUCCCUGCCAGCCCUGAUCGCCUUUGGGGCUCCCGCCUCACCUUUAACCAUGAUGGCAGCUCGAGAUACGGCUCCAGGACUUAUGGUGUGGCCACAGGUCCCAGGAAUGAGGACGGUGGGACCCUCUCCAGGGGAUGGUCCCAGGAGGGGCCAGCAAAGUCUCCCAGCGAGCGCCAGGAAGAGCACCACAAGACCCCAGAGAGGAAUGCCCCUUUGGACGUGGCCUUCAACGGUGACGUAGUUCAGCCAGCCAGCUCGGACCCACCUGCUGAUAUCUCCAAGUCCUGGGAUCCCUCGAGUCCAGGUCCUGCCUCAGAGAAGGGAGGUUCCACCAGCUCAGGCCUCCCCGCUGAAGUCUCAGGCCUAGCCCCUGGGGCUCCCCGACCUCGCUCACCUGAUGAGGGGUCUCCCCGACCUCGCUCACCUGAUGAGGGGUCUCCCCGACCUCACUCACCCAAGGAGGGGUCUCCCCAACUUCACCCACCCAAGGAGGGGUCUCCCCAACUUCACUCCCCCAAGGAGGGGUCUCCCCAACUUCACUCCCCCAAGGAGGGGUCUCCCCAACUUUACCCACCCAAGGAGGGGUCUCCCCGACUUCACUCCCCCAAGGAGGGGUUUCCCCGACUUCACUCACCCCAGGAGGGGUCUCCCCGACCUCGCUCACCUGAUGAGGGGUCUCCCCGACCUCACUCACCCAAGGAGGGGUCUCCCCAACUUCACUCACCCAAGGAGGGGUCUCCCCGACUUCACUCACCCAAGGAGGGGUCUCCCCGACUUCACUCACCCCAGGAGGGGUCUCCCCGACUUCACUCACCUGAUGAGAGCUCGCCCUGCCAUUCUCAGCUUCCAGAAGCCCAGAGACCUGUGGUUUCUGGGCCCUCUCCCUGCCUCCCUGUGACCCCAGCAUCCCCAACUGUAACCCUGUCUGAUGAGGGUCCGAGCUCCUGCUGCCCCCCAAGCUCAGGGCUCCCUGUGGUGGAAGCCCCAGAGGCCCCCACACCUGGAAGUCCAGCCUUUGAGGUCUCGGGCCCGGAGCAGCCCCCAGCUACCUCUGCCCAGCCCCUGAUGGAGGGGGGUGAGUUGCUAGAUCUUCCUCGGACAUUUCCAUCUGGGGAUGUGGUGGCCCAGGGUGACCUAGACCGUCCCAUCGGCCUGGCCCAGCGCCGAUUUUCUGAAGGCGUGCUCCGGCCUCCCGGCCAAGACCAGGAGAAGCUGGGGGGCUCACUGGCUACCCUGCCCCAAUCCCAGGGGAGCCAGUCUGCCCUGGAUCGUCCCUUUGGGAGUGGGACAGAGUCCAACUGGAGCUUGUCACAGUCCUUUGAAUGGACCUUCCCUACGCGGCCUUCAGGUCUAGGGGUGUGGCGUCUGGACUCCCCACCUCCCUCCCCCAUCACUGAAGCCACUGAGGCCGCCGAGGCCGCCGAGGCUGGUGACUGGGCUGCAUCCAGCAGAGAGGAAGGGGUGUCCCAGCAGGGGCGAGGGGCCCAGUCAGCUCCAGAGGGGCCAGGAAGGCCUGGUUCCUGGGUGCAGGUGGAUGAUCCGGGCAUCUCCCCAACCCAGAAGGCGGAUGGGGAGAGUGAGCCACAGUCCCCAGUUCCCCUCAAGCCCUUACCAACACCAGGGGGCACACCUGGAGUGGCCUUGUUGCAGGCAGAGGAAAGGUAUGAGGAGCGGGAGCCCCUGGCUGGACAGGAGUCCGUGCUCCCUCUGACCAGGGGGGCCGCUCUGCCCGUCCUGGAGCCGGUCCUGGGGCAACAGCAGCCAGCACCCCCCGACCAGCCCUGUGUCCUCUUUGUUGAUACCCCGGACCCCCAGCAGGCAUUGCCUGCUGAGGAGGAGGCCAUGACCUUGGUCCAGGCUGAAGCCACCCAAUCUAGGACAGAAGGUCGAGACCCCUGUAGCGUGUCCCCCGAGCCUGCAGGCCCUGACAGCAGCUCCCGCUGGCUGGAUGAGCUCCUGGCCUCGCCACCACCUAGUGCGGGCAGCGCAAGGCGGGGAGCUGGAUCUGACACCCCGGCAACCUGCUCCGAGGGACUUCUUGGCUGGGCCCAGAAGGAUCUGCAGAGUGAAUUUGGGAUUGCGGCAGACCCACCUCCCAGCAGUUUUAGUCCUUCCAGCUGGUCCCAGGACACUUCACAGAACUACCGCCUUGGGAGUGCAAGCCCUCCAGGGGACCCAGGCCUUGGAGAGGGAGACUGGACUAGCAAGGGUGGGGAAGCAGCAGGGGAAGGGAGUGCUAGGGAGUGGGCCAACAGGUGUGGCAUUGGCCAGGAGGACAUCAAGGUGGCCAGCCGGGAUGGGAGUGGAGUGUCUGCCCCGGGGGGCCUUUCUGCCCAGGACCGGGUGAUGGGAACACCAGCCCAGCUUGGUACUCAGCAGAGUCAGGAGGCAGACGUUCAGGACUGGGAGUUCAGAAAGCGGGAUUCCCAGGGCACUUACUCCAUCCGGGACGCGGAGCUCCAAGACCAGGAAUUUGGGAAGAGAGACUCACUGGGUGCUUACAGCAGUCGGGAUGUAUGCCUUCAGGACUGGGAAUUUGGGAAGAGAGACUCUCUGGGUGCUUAUGGCAGCCAGGAUGUAGAUGAGCAGAGCCAGAAGUUGGGGAAGAAGGGCCACGUCGGCAGGUACGGCAGCCAGGAUGCAGACGGCCAGGAUCACGUUGGCAGGUACAGCAGCCAGGAUGCAGACGGCCAGGAUCACGUUGGCAGGUACAGCAGCCGGGAUGCAGACGGGCAGGACCACGGUGGCAGGUACGGCAGCCGGGAUGCAGACGGGCAGGACCACGGUGGCAGGUACGGCAGCCGGGAUGCAGACGGGCAGGACCAGGAGUUUGGGAAGAGAAAUUCUUCACUCGGCACCUUUAGCAGCCGGGGUGCAGAGCAGCCGGAUCAGGAUUUCGGGAAGAGUGCCUGGAUGAGGGACUACAGCAGUGGCAGCGCCCAGGACCGAGGCUUCGGGAUGAGAGCCCUGAGUGCCGGCUUCAGCCCCGAAGAAGCCCAGCAGCAGGACGAGGAGUUUGAGAAGAAGGUCCCGAGUGGCGGAGACGGUCUGGGCGAGAGCGGCGGGGAGGCAAGCCAGCCUGAAGAGAGAGAGUCGGGGAGCCUCUUUGGCCCCAGCACCUCCCAGUCCCGGGAUGGGGCACUGGGACAGAGAGACCAGAGCAGCUGGCAUGGUGGCGGUGCCGGCCAGGAGGCAGGGGGCCAGAGGCCAGCCGAUGCCGGCCAGGAAGACAGGGAGGUGGGCCGGCGAGGCUGGGCAGACAACUUCAGCCGUGGAGUGGUCCCCCAGCCAGAGGCCACCUUCAGCCCGGGGCAGCGCGACUGGAGUGGCGACUUCUGUGUGGAGGCCUCUGAGAGAGGCCUCCAGUUCGGCAUCAUCGGUGAUGACCGGGCAGGCGGUGCUGUCCUCAGCCCUUCUGGUCAGAUCACAGGUGGCCCCUUUGUACCUCCGGAGAAGACCCCGGCAGGGCCUGUGGACUGGACCGACCAGCUGGGCCUCAGGAACUUGGAAGUGUCCAGCUGUGUGGCCUCUGGGGGCUCGAGUGAGGUCAGGGAGGAAGCUGUGGGACACAUGGGCUGGUCAGACAAGCUGGGCCUGAGAGAUGUGGACCUGGCUGGCCAUUUGGAGUCUGGAGGGUCUGAGGAGCCCAGAGUGAUUGGGGUCGGGGAGAAGGAGGACUGGACCUCCAAUGUCGGGGGGAGGGGCAGAGAUCUGGCUGGUGUCGGGGAGGUAGGGAGCCCCAGCCAGGCCAGAGAGAGCGGCGUGGGACAGACCGACUGGUCGGGCGUGGAGGCUGAAGAGUUCCUUAAAUCAAGGGAGCGUGGAGUGGGACAGGCAGACUGGACACCAGACCUCAGCCUGAGGAGCAUGGCCCCGGGGGCAGGCCGUAGCCCCAGAGAGCUUGGGGCAGGCCAGGUGGACUGGGGCAGCAGUCUGGGCCUAAGGAAUUUGGAGGUGCCACGUGACCUAGAGUCUGGAGGUUCUCGGGACCCACGGGGAUGUGGCGUGGGCCAGAUGGACUGGACCCAGGACUUGGGUCUUCGGGACGUGGAGCUUUCGGGGGCCCCAAGUGAAGCCAGGGAGCAUGGGGUAGGAGAGGUCAGCCAGUGCCCAGAGCCAGGGCUCAGGGACCACAGCACCUUGUCCCCGGGCCUGGAGGCCAGAGAGCUGGAGCCCGGAGGAACAAGUGGGCCAGAGACCCAGGGUGAAGGCCGCUCCACCCCUUCCCUGGAGACCUGUCCUGAAGAUCCUGGGAUGGAGACAGGAGAAGCCCCUGGCUUUGGAACCAGUCCUGGCGGGUGCCCGGCCCGUUCCCCACCCUCUGGCUCCCAGGGCCUGCUGGAGGAGAUGCUGGCUGCCAGCAGCUCCAGGGCAGCAGCCCGUAGGGAGUCGGCAGCCUCGGGCCUCAGGGGCCUGUUGGAAGAAGAAGGAGCCACAGCAGGUGCUGACCAAGGGGAGCCCCCGGAGCCUAGUGGGGACCCACUGCCUUCCUGGAGGCCACAGCCAGAUGGUGAAGCCAGCCAGACAGAAGAGGUGGAUGGCACCUGGAGCCCUUCAGGGGUCGGGCAGGGCGAGCAGGGUCCGACACGGCCCCCUCGGCGGCCCCCCCAAGGCCCUCCUCCCCGCUCUCCCAGUCAGGACUUCUCCUUCAUUGAGGACACCGAGAUCCUUGACAGUGCCAUGUACCGGAGCCGCGCCAACCUGGGGCGCAAGCGAGGACACCGGGCCCCGGCCAUCCGGCCCGGGGGCACCCUGGGCCUGUCCGAGGCAGCAGACUCAGAUGCACGCCUGUUCCAGGACUCUACGGAGCCACGAGCUUCUCGGGUGCCGUCUUCAGACGAGGAGGUGGUGGAGGAGCCUCAGAACCGCCGGACGCGGAUGUCCUUGGGCACCAAGGGGCUGAAAGUCAACCUCUUCCCUGGCCUGAGUCCAUCAGCCCUAAAGGCUAAGCUGCGCCCCCGGAACCGCUCAGCUGAGGAGGGGGAGCCUGCAGAGAGCAAGCCGAGCCAGAAGGAGCCCGCGGUGCAGCGUUCCAAGUCCUGCAAGGUCCCUGGGCUGGGGAAGCCCCUUGCGUUACCUCCUAAGCCAGAGAAAUCCUCAGGGUCAGAAGGAUCAUCACCCAACUGGCUACAAGCCCUGAAGCUGAAGAAGAAGAAGGUCUGAGAAGUCCUCGAGGUCCUUCCCAUCUGGCAGUCUCAGGCAGUGCCCAUUCCUGUGGGGUCCCCGGCGAGGAGAUGGCUGGAGCCCCACCAGGCCCCAGGU